CGGCGGCGCCGGAGGAGGGAGCGCGCUGCCGGGGGAGGGGGAGAGGGGGCGACCCCCGGCCUCCCCCCGCCCGAGGGGUCACCCCAAAAACCGCCGCGACCCCCCUUGAAACCCAGGGGACACCCCCAGGGAGCCGCUUCCCCCUCGGGGCCCAACCCGGCCCAGCCCGGCGCCAUGGAGCCCCGAGGCGGCGCCUGGCAGACCCCAAAUGCGGAGAACCUGCCCCCCCAGACGCUGAGGCUCCUGUGCAGGGAGGUGUCCCUGCUCAGCGCCGACCCCCCCGACGGCAUCAAGGUGUUCCCCAACGACGAGGACGUCACCGACCUGCAGGUGGCCAUCGAGGGGCCAGAGGGCACCCCGUACGCGGGCGGGCUGUUCCGCAUGAAGCUCGUGCUGGGCAAGGAUUUCCCGGCGGCGCCGCCCAAGGGAUUCUUCCUGACCAAAAUCUUCCACCCCAACGUGGGGCCCGGCGGGGAGAUCUGUGUGAAUGUCCUGAAACGGGACUGGAGGGCUGAACUGGGGCUGAGACACGUGCUACUGACCAUCAAGUGCCUGCUGAUCCAGCCCAACCCCGAGUCGGCCCUGAACGAAGAGGCCGCCCGGCUGCUCCUCGAGGACUUCGAGCGCUUCGCCGCCCGCGCUCGGCUCCUCACCGACAUCCACGCCCGGGGGCCCCCCCGGGGAGACCCCUCCCCAAAAUCCGAGCCCCCCCCCGGCCCCUCGGGGCUGCCCCCGGCCCCCCCCGACGGCCCCGUCCCCAAGAAGCACGCGGGGGACAGGAAAGCGCCCCCCAAGAAAAAGGGGGACAAGAAACGGGCGCUGAGGAGGCUCUGAGACCCCAGACCCAAUUGGGGACGGGGGGUGGGGGGGGGCCUGGGAUCGUUCUGGGGGUCCUGAGCUCAUUUUGGGGGGACCCAGACUCAUUUUGGGGGGUUCCAGGAUCCUUCUGGGGGGUCCUGGAUUAAUUUUGGGGUCCCCUGGGGGGUCCUGGCCUCAUUUUGAGGGCCCUUUGGGGGGUCUCAGACUCAUUUUGGGGGGCCUUGGGAUCCUUCUACGGGGUCCUGGGAUACUUCUGGGGGGUCUUGAGCCCAUUU